CGUUUACACAUAGUCACUGUUACUCACCAGUGUGUUUGUUGCAUUUACAAAGUGCGCGAGCCCUCUGGCAAGCGAGCACGCCGCUGUGCGCAGACUGCACACUCGCGACGCUUUGACAGCAGCUGACUGUCCAGUGUCUAGAUUAGUGUCAUCUAUUUGAGCUCAUAUAUUACCGCGUUAAUCGGACGAGCGACUGAACAUGGCCCUUGCUUCGCGGACUUCCUCCGCUGCCGUCGUCGGCCGGUCGACGCGGAGUGCAGCUGUUGUGCCUGUUCGGUCCAUUGCUUCUCGCUGCCAAGCGGCGCGCCCGGCGCGGCGGGCGUCCGUCGCUGUCCGGGCUAGCGACGAGAACGGCUCGGUGUCGGUGCGGCGCGCCACGUACGCGGAGCUGGAGUCCAUCCAGUGCGACCUCAGCGCCUUCCCCGGCGUCAAGUUCUUCCGCAUCGAGGCCAUCUUCCGGCCGUGGCGCCUGCCGUUCGUGAUCGACACCCUGUCCAAGUACGGCAUCCGCGGCCUCACCAACACGCCCGUCAAGGGCGUGGGCGUGCAGGGCGGCUCCCGCGAGCGCUACGCGGGCACUGAGUUCGGUCCCUCCAACCUGGUGGACAAGGAGAAGCUGGACAUCGUGGUCAGCAGGGCCCAGGUGGACGCGGUGGUGCGGCUGGUGGCGGCCAGCGCCUACACGGGCGAGAUCGGCGACGGCAAGAUCUUCGUGCACCCCGUGGCGGAGGUGGUGCGCAUCCGCACUGCCGAGACUGGGCUGGAAGCUGAGAAGAUGGAGGGCGGCAUGGAGGACAUGAUGAAGAAGAAGAAGUAGAGCGGGUGGAGGAGCUGCAGGCGGAGGCGGGGGGGGAGCUUGAGGGCGGGAGCAGUGGUGGAGGAGGAGUCCGGCUUGAGCUAGAGGUGGACUGGGGGACUGGGGGGCUGGGGGACUGGAGUGGGAGGCGCGUGCAGCAUACUGCACGUGUUGGGGUGAAGGGGGAUUGGCCGCAGGGUGCACGGGGCGGAGACUGUGGCGUGGGGUCACUGCGGCGGGUGCGGGCGGGACUCGAGCCGAUGACUGCGCUGGAAGCGGCGAAGGUUGGGGCGGCAGGCAGAGCUGUGGCGGCCGUGCAGGGCGCUCGGGGCAGUGGUGGGCCGCUUUGAGGAGGCCGGCACGCGGCAGGCCAGGGGUGGGACCGGGUGCGUGUGGGCGCAAGCGCGCAGGCCGCUGGAUCGAUGGGCGUGCCGGGGCGGAUCUUGCAUCAGCAGCGUGGGCGUGUGCUGGAGAUGGGCGUGUGUGCAGACCUCGUCAAUCAGUGCUGUAAAUACAGGACACCGGGUCUGCUACUGCGGCUACUGCGGCGUGGCGGAAUGCACUGAUGAGCUAUAACUGUGAGUACCGCUGUACUGCUUGGGUUUGCGUAGAUGAUGUAGUGGGCAAGGCCAGUCCUCGCGCGUUGCGACUUUUAAGCUCGCGGUCUUAGUGCGGCAAUGGCUACAACAGGCGGCCAGGUAGGGCCAAGUCAGCAGUCUCCGCCCAGUGCACGAAUACCCUGUGCAGGAGGUCUUGCAGGUGCGAGCAGCACAUCACUGCAGCCACUCCCACUGCGCCGAAGGGCCCGUGGUGGCGUGCCGCCCGUCGGGGGCCGGGUGCCCGUGACGCGUCGAUCUGUCACGGGUCGCAUCUUGCACAGCCCUGUAAUACUGAGCUUCG